AUGGCGUCCUCCAUUGCGGCGCACAGGUUACAUAUGAGUGGACGAAGCAACCUCGCAAAAUGUCUCCAAAAGGUGCACAACUUUUGUCACAGAAGAGUUGGAACUACUGCUGUUCCAGUCCGUGCCGACGUACCAAGAAAGGACGAAAACAGUGAAAAGGAUGGACGUCUGUCUUUUUACGCUGUCCAGGCCCAUAGACAAGAAGAGGCGGAAAGAUCCGUUCUCAUCAACUGCCACCCCAAAACCAAUGAGAGAAACAUCCCCAAAUUGUUAUCAUUACAUGGUGAAAUUAAAAAGUACUUUAUUUAUGAAAGCUAUGGCACGUAUGCAGUGGUGGAGUUUGCUUCGCAAGACAGUGUUUCCUCGUUACUCGAGGAGGCCACUGUCCCCAGUAACAACCAUGAAUCUAUGGUUCCUUAUAAAUCAAGAUUACUUACACUGAGAGGUCUGACAGAAGUGACCAACCAGCAGUCCAGUAAACAGAGCCACCCACAAACCACCAUUCCCAUUAAUGAGCUUAUUCAGAGACUUUCUCAAGAGGAGAGUAUAGACCAACAAAUAAUCUCCUUGACCGAAGCCUACCAGCUAACUGAGGAGAACAGCCGACUGCGUUUCCUUGUCUGCUCUCUGCUCAAAGACAUCGCCGCUGCUUACUUCCCAGAAUGCGCCAUUAAACCGUUUGGAUCAACAGUGAAUGGCUUUGGAAAGCUGGGUUGCGAUUUGGACAUGUUUCUGGACCUAGAUGACGUCAGUGGAAGGAAUUUAAAAACGCCAAAAUCUGGUUUGACCUUGGAGUACCAGAUGAAGCAGGCCACUUCAGAGCGCGCUGCCACGCAGAGCAUCCUGUCUGUCAUUGGCGAAUGUGUAGACCAGUUUGGACCCGGCUGUGUUGGUGUGCAGAAGAUCCUGAAUGCCCGAUGCCCCCUGGUCCGUUUUUCCCAUCAGCCAUCUGGUUUUCAGUGUGACCUCACCGCCAACAAUAGGGUGGCGAUGAAGAGUUCAGAGCUUCUUUACCUUUAUGGCCAACUGGACCCUCGGGUGCGUCACCUGGUGUUCACCGUGCGCUGUUGGGCCCGAGCACACGGAGUAACCAGCAGCAUCCCUGGGGCCUGGAUCACCAACUUCUCUGUCACCGUCAUGGUGCUGUUCUUCCUGCAGGGGAGAAGCCCAUCUAUCAUCCCCACCCUGGACCACCUACGUGACCUCGCAGGUCCCGCGGACAAGAGCGUGAUCGAGGGGAAUGACUGUACAUUUGUCAGCGACUUCGACAGGAUCCAGUUCCGGAGCAACACAGAAACACUCGAGAAACUGCUUUGUGAAUUCUUUGAGUUCUACGCCACCUUUGCAUUCAGUAAGAAGUCCAUAAAUAUCAGAAAGGGCAAAGAGCAGAACAAGCCAGAGACGUCCCCACUGCACAUCCAGAACCCGUUUGAAACAACCCUGAAUGUCAGCAAGAACGUCAAUGGCACACAACUAGAACGAUUUGUGGCUUUGUGUCAGGAGAGUGCUUGGCUGCUCCAGCAGAGUGACACCAUUGCACCUAAAGGGGGCCGCACCCCCACACCUUGGGGACUAGCGACCCUCCUACUGCCUACUCAGGUUGCGGGGGUCAAAAGUCGAAAGAAGAGGAAAAGGGAGCCUGCUAGUGAGCGGAUCAAGAGCUUGCUAGAAUCCCUUAAAAAUAAAAACCAGCCAAAGAGCUAAAGACUCUUGACAUCCCUGGAAACGACCUUCAUUUUAUUGUAAUUAUUUUGACCCAAGGACACUUCUCAGCCACAAUAAUGGGGGAGAAAAAAAACAACCUUUUAAUAGGAUGUAGUUCUUUACAUGAGCACUGGAUGGUGGUACUGAAACUUCUAUGUCUAUACAGAUGUCUGGAACCAUGAUCAAGGCAAGAAAUUGUGAAGUACUGCUCUGUCAACUUUAUUAAAGGACAUCUACUAUACUGUAAAAACUCAUACAAUGUACUGUAUGUAUUUCAAAAUCAGUGUUCACUUGCUUUGAAACUUUGUCAAAGGAUCACAAUGCAAAUGUUUUAAUUUUAAUAAAUCUUUAUGGACUACAAAUGUGAAUAAUUAUGAAAUGGAAUACAGUAGUUUGUCAAAAUUACUAUAUAGGUUCAUGCAUGAACAUGAAAGCCUCUUUUCUAAGUUCUAAGAACUGAUAGCUAGUAAAAUACAACAAAGCUCAACUGGAGCAGGCUAGCACAUUUGUUCAUAA